AAGACUAGACAGAGAAGGUGAAGUUAAUCAGGGAGCAAAGAAACUCAAACCAGAAAGCGGAAACAUACAUCGAUUCUGAAAAGUAGCCAUGCCGAGUCCGAUCUCAGCGACGAUCUCCUUCAAGCGCACGACUGCCGGAAAUUUAAUCCUGUUCGUAACUAUGCUGAUGAUGUUCUCUACUUCCCUCGCCGGCAUAAAACGCAGAUUUGAACACGCUCCGAAAACAUCAGCCGAUAAAAGGCCAAAACGGGAGCCGCAACCCCAAGAGAUUAGAUGUUAUGAAGCCGAAUCGAUUUGCAUGGACUCCAACAUCAGCCAGGAAGAUCAUUACAGGUGGUCUGCAGAUGCUAUAUCUCUUGCUUCAUGCCAAGCAUUUGUGCCUUCGCUAGAAAAAAGCUUGCAUGCAGACUUCUCUAUCUCACCACCAAUUUUAUCGUCUGCAAUUGUUAAAUUCCCAUUCGAUGAUGAAGGGAAGCUGGUGGAGGUUCUUGACUACAAAAGUCAUCACGAAUUAAAGCUGAUAAGAUACAAGGAUAUUGUCCUUGGCAGAGGCCAGCCUUUAAUCGCUAAUAACCUCAAGGUGACUUUCCACUAUGAUCUGUAUGAUGAACAUCAUAAACGAGUUCAAACCAAUGCGUUAGACAGAUCUCCCGAAGAAGUUCACGUCUGCUGGCAUCGAUUUGGUCGAGGAUUUGAGGAAGGCAUUCGAGGCAUGCGACCAGGUGGGAUAAGAAGAGUUAUUGUUCCUCGUGAAGAAGAACCACCUAUGGUUGACGGAUAUGGAGUAUUUGAUGUGGCCUUGCUUAAAGUUGAGAUAUCAAGCAGCUGCCCACAGCCACAUGCAGAAAUCUUCAAUCUUUAGUUGCAAAUAUUGCUGUUAGUAUUUUAACUGUUUUAGCAGUUGAUAGCUGUACUCGAGUAAUGGUUCACAAGAACAGAAUUUUACUAUAAUAAGAAGUAACCAUUUCAACUCCU